UCCACCCCCUACCCCCCACAGUUCUAUAGAGAGCCCGCCUGUCCCGAUUACAUCUGCAGACUGCAGUCCCAGCAGAUUGGGGGGAACGCGAGGCGAAGAAACCCUGGAGUCAGCAAAGCACACGGCAGCUGCACUCUUCAACUUCAGCGCCAACAUGCUGUACAUGGAGACGGCCGCUCCAGCACCCUACAAUGAGACGACAUACACCAGUCUGAGCCUUCUGAAUAGCAUGGACCAGCAGAUCCCAACCAGUAGGUCUUCAUCUACCAGCCCAUACAACAACGAGCACACCCAGAGUGGCGUGGCUGCCCCAUCGCCCUACGCCCAGCCCAGCUCCACCUUCGAGACGCUGUCCCCAUCACCCGCCAUCCCCUCCAACACCGACUAUGCAGGACCCCACAAUUUCGACGUCUCCUUCCAGCAGUCCAGUACCGCCAAGUCUGCCACAUGGACGGUAAGAGUCAUGAAGGGGAAAACCUUUCAGCUCUUCUGAAUUAGUGUUUUGUGCAAUCAUCCCAAGCUCUAAUUACUGCAAAACAUCCAAAGCUGCAGCCUUUUGCAAUGCACAUACACUUAAAUCUGAUUGCUUUGCCUGAUACACCUACCUGAUGAUGUACCUGGUGCACAUAACGAAUGCAGAAAGACAAGACAACAGUUGGAGAGCAUUGUUUGCACCUUAAUCUUACACUAAUGCACUUAUUCAUUCUGUCAUGACUAGGGCAACAUGUCAUAAUAAUACUAAACAAACAAGGCAGUGAACAUUUAACUGGGAACAUACUUUGUACACAGCCGUACACAAUGAGGUUAUGUGUAACGCUAGGGUCAAGCUGUGCUUGGGUUCUGGAACCGAGGUGAGUCUCUAGCCUGGAGCAGUACCCAGCGAGUGAGUCAGUAGUCUGGGGCUGCUGUGGGCAGGUCCUCUUGGUUCUUGCCGUUCUGGGUAGGGCCCGAAUGGUAUUAGGUAAAAUCUGGGCAGCAACUGUAAGCUCUCAUUCAGUAACACAGCUUCUUUUGUCAUGCACUGCAGGAGCGUAGCUGUAAAACUUGGCUAUCGUGUCGUAAUGCUAGCAGCAUACUGCUGUACCUCCAUCUCCGUUGUCACGUCGCUUUCCUUUGAGCCGUUUUUCUUUCGCUCGGUGCGCCUCUGUCCCUAAGCGUACCGCUCACGUCCCGCGUGUGAAGUUUCACACCAAACGGAGCUGGAUGAGAUCAGGCCUUUUAUUGAAUUGUAUUGUUUAUUGUAUUGUUUUACGUAAUU